UUGACCUCGACCGGACUCGACGGCAAGAACCCUAGCGACGACGGCGGCGACGACGAGUCGCAGCUCCUCGCCCAAAGAGAAGGAAAAGGGCGGUAGAAGGGUUUGCGGGAUCUGAUUUCCGGCGGAAGGCGCUGGAAGCGGUGGUGGUGCUGCUGCUGCGGCCGGCGACGGUGGUAGUGGUGGCGGGAUGGCGUACAGGGCGGACGAUGAUUACGACUACCUUUUCAAGGUUGUGCUGAUCGGGGACUCCGGCGUCGGAAAAUCGAACCUGCUCUCGCGGUUCACCCGGGACGAGUUCAGCCUCGAGUCCAAGUCCACCAUCGGCGUCGAGUUCGCCACCCGAAGCAUUCGCGUGGAGGACAAGGUUAUCAAGGCCCAGAUUUGGGAUACCGCUGGCCAAGAGAGAUACCGAGCGAUCACAAGUGCAUAUUAUCGGGGAGCAGUUGGUGCGCUAGUUGUCUAUGAUAUCACACGUCAUGUGACAUUUGAGAACAUAGAGAGAUGGUUGAAGGAACUCAGAGAUCACACUGAUUCCAAUAUUGUGAUCAUGCUAGUGGGAAACAAGGCAGAUCUGCGACAUCUUAGGGCUGUUAAUACUGAGGAUGCAAAGGAUUUUUCUGAGAAGGAGAACGCGUUCUUCAUGGAGACAUCUGCUCUGGAAUCAAUGAAUGUGGAAAAUGCCUUUACUGAAGUGCUGACCCAGAUAUAUCGCGUGGUGAGCAGGAAGUCGCUUGAAGCUGGUGAUGAUCCAGCAGAUUUGCCGAAGGGUCAGACGAUCAAUGUCGGCACCAAGGAUGAUGUAUCCGCUGUUAAGAAAGCUGGUUGCUGCUCAUCUUAGGUUUAAGAGGUGAGACAACUGUUAUCCCGACAUACCAAAACAGCAGUUUAUCACACGCUUACUGACUACACGGACAAGUUGUCGAGCAUGACACUAAACGAGAUGGUUCUUGCUGCGAAUUUGUGUUUUUGUUUAAGGUUUUAAAUGUGGUCUAAGAUGUUUAAAAUUUGCAUUGUCCUUAUUGUAGAACUGAAGACCAUUUUGUUUGAUAGAUCAUGUAUUGCUAGUAGGUUUGUUCAA